AUGAAUCAGUUGUUUAUACGAUCAAAGCUGUCUAUAGCCAAAAGUGAAGUGUGGAGUAUGGGGUUCUUCCACACGGAAAUGUGUCAAAGAAUUCCGUUCUGUAUUGUGUCAAAACGUCACUUUUCCGCAUCAUCAAACGUUCGCUAUGGGCUCCCAGGCUUUGAACAAUACAAAGGUGCCCACCCAAUCACAAGAAUUGCUCCUCCAAGACCGAAAAGGGUCGUGGUGGCUAUAACAGGUGCCACAGGCAUCGCAAUAGGAGUGCGGGUGCUCCAGAUGUUGCGAGACCUUGAAAUAGAAACUCAUUUGGUGCUCUCCAAAUGGGGUUCAGCCACCAUGAAAUACGAAACAGACUAUAAGCCCGAGGACGUCGCGCAAUUAGCCACAAAGACCUAUGUGAGCCGAGACGUCAGUGCUCCCAUCUCUCUGGGAUCUUUUCAAACAGACGGAAUGAUCGUGGUUCCGUGCUCGAUGAAGACUUUGGCAGCUAUUCGAACAGGUUACACCGAAGAUCUUAUUGUUCGUGCAGCAGAUGUGACGUUGAAGGAGAGACGAAAGCUCUUGUUGGUGACCAGAGAAACGCCUUUGUCGGACAUCCACUUGGAGAAUAUGCUUCAUCUCAGUCGGAUGGGAACGGUGAUUUUUCCGCCAGUCCCAGCUUUUUAUACUAGGCCCAGAUCGAUAGACGACGUGGUGGAGCAGAGCGCGGGAAGGAUUCUUGACUGUUUCGGAAUUCAUGUGGACACUUUCCCCAGAUGGAACGGUAUAUCCAACAAAGCACUGUCAAAAUGGGAAUAG